CGUGAGGUCGUGUUGCGCGGGUGUUUUGUCUUUGUAGAUUGUUCUGAGCAAAAACAACAAAUGGCCACUCUUUUGGGCCGGUGAACGCCGCCGCGUGUGUUUCGCUAAUUUAUUGAACGUUUCAUAGUUUUGUUUAAUGUUUAUAAGAGCACAAGAAAUGCUAUUGCUUAUGUAUAGCAACUAAAUUUGUGUAAAACGAGUCUUCUUGGCAGUCAUCGAACACACACACCAAAAAGCAAAGCCGAGAGCAAAAGAAGCAGCGCAACGAAAAGGAGGAGAAGUAAUAAAUACAAAGUGGUGAAGCGCUUGCAUGUGUGUUGGUGGUGUCUGUGUUUCAAUAAAAGUGCAUAAAGCAAGUCCAGGCAAUAGAAAAACAACGGUUUUAAUCGAAAUUUGUGCCAAAUUCCAAACUGCCAGUGUCUUAAUCAGUGCGUGAGUAAUCGAGAGCACCCGCUUUUGCGACAGAAAAACGCACUCACACAUACACCAACUUCGACUGCAACGCGCAUAGUGCAUAUAUGUAUAUGUGUGUGCUUGUAUUUGUGUGUAUCAGCGGCGACAAAUUCGCUGCUUAAAGCGUGUAGAAUAAAAUUGGAAAAUAAAAAAAAAAAGGAAGAGAAAAACUACGCUUGUAGCCGGGCUCGAUGCGUCGUCUGUCGUUGAGUUCAAAUUCCAAUUUGAAUAUUUGCAAAAUUCUGCUCUGCGCAUGCGUCCCCUGCAAUUUAUUAAGUUGUGUCACAAUCGUGUUUUUUCUUUUAUUAAUGUGUGGUGUAUGCGUGCAUAUUGAAAAUUGAUAAAGAGUAUUUUACAACGAGUUGGCAAGCGCUACAAACAAGCAAAACAAAAACUACAGAAGCCUUCGCCGCUGAAAACAAAAGUGAAAUUAUAAACCGUUUUUAUCAAAAUAACGAAUGGAGGAGUAUUUUGCAUAAAGGCAAAAACAAGACAAAAGAAAAGCAACAACCACAAGCGGAAGUCCAGAGCUAGGAGCCUCCUCCACCCAGCCGACAAAUCGAAGGUCGCCGUGAAUUCACGAAACGCGCCAGAGCGGAACAGGGUGACGAAGGAGAGCGAAGCAUGGCAUGCAUGGACAUGCAAAUUAGUGCAUUUUAAACAUUUGCAACAAAUAAAGAAACACCAACAACAACAACAAUAACGACUAUAGCAAUAAAAGCAACGCCGAUUUUAGGCAAAUUAAUUAAAUUAACAUUUAUGGAAAUCGUAACCAAAAACCAUUAGCUGGACGGAUGACGGAGGAGAGAUAGGGACAGACAACCAGACAGACAGAGAGAGAGAGAGAGCUAAGAGACACAGAAAGAAAGCACGAUGGAAGCUUCGAUAAUGAAAGCCGGCGAUCAGCAGCGGCACGAAACUGAACCAGAAGCGGCGACCAUCAAGGCAACACCGACGCUGUCGGUGGUGGGGGCAGAAGGAGCAACGCCAUUUAGCAACCAAGAGACUGAAAAAGCGGCCAUGUUGCAAAGCAGUACAGCAGCAACACCAACACCAACUACAACAACAACGAAACAAAUGAAACCCGAGGAUGAUUUUGGCGCCUGCUUUGCCAUACCCGCCACUCCGCCCAAGCUGGCGACCAAAUCGGCGUGCAGCAGUCGCAGCAGCUCCCUAAAGAAGCAGCGGCGGGGCAGUGGCAACGCCCACACCCACACCCACGCCCACGCCCACAAAUCAUCCCAACGAAAUGGCAACGACUUGCCACACAUUGUCAAAGGCAAUGUCGGGGUCGGCGAAAUGAAGACCUCAUAUUCCAUGACGGCCCUGCCGGCGGACGAGGAGCAGCAGGAGCGACGGGAUGUCCUGCAGGCCAAGUUGAACAUGGAGCGGCCCUACAAUAGCUUAAAGAAAAACGCGCAAAGCAGCAACGGCAAAUGCUCCUCCAACAACAACAACAACAACAAAAUGCAUCGAUAUUCCUGGGGCAGCGGCCACAGUCACAGCUCGUCCACCAGUUUGCACAGCAGUGCCACCCUUGGCCUUGGCACACCUGGUAAGGAUGAUCUGUGGGCGGCUAUACAGACAAACUACAACUACAUCAUGGAUACAAAUCUGCUGGAUACGUGCAAGGAGGCGCGCUGUGAAAUUGAAGGCGCUGCCACAGAUUUUUCCAAGGAAAAGUCAAAUGAGUAUUGUUUUAAGAUGCUCGACGAGACUCAACGAAACGAAGGCUUGUGUGAUGAUCCGAAAGAACUGCGUCGAUGGUUGCGUGAAAUGGAAAAUAAGCUGGAAAACUCACCCACAAUUACGGGAUUGAUUUCGUUCAGCACAACGGAGCUGCAGCGCCAUCUAGCUGUACACUCGGUGUUAUACCAUGAAAUUGUAUCACACGCUCGAGUGGUGAGUGCCUGUAUACGCGCCGCGUCCGAAAGGGAACAGCUGGAACAGCAACAGAACCAAUUGCAGUCAGCUUCUCAGCAGCCGGCAUCGCUUGCCAGCAACUGCUCCAAUUCAUCCACCAGUGAGGCAACCAAGUCGAGCAGCACCAGCAGCGGCUUCGUCUCCGUAGAGCUCUUGGGCACGCCUGCCACGACAAGCGUCGCCGUCGGCCCCAGCUCCGCCACAACGCAGCCAAGAAAGGGCGAAGGCAAUUUGGAAAGACUACGCAAUCGCUAUCAUCUGCUCUAUUUGAAGGCGUUCGAGCUGCAGCUCUGUCUGGACAAUUUACUGCGCAAUCGCAGCUCCACAGCGAAUGGUCUGGAUGACGACGACUCGGACGAUUCGUUCGGCUACGAAGGCGCAGCCACCGAGGACGAUCUGAACGACGUUGGCUCCGAUUUGGAGUUGGAGAGCGAGAGCGCCGGCACACAGCAUUCGUCUUCAUCGUUUGCAGCGGCCGACUUGCAACGCUGCCACGUAGCUGCCACCGAGAUUGUCGUAGCUGGCAACGCAAUUGCCACAGAGCCCCACGAGGCACAGUCCCGCGAUAGUAUCGCAGCCCAAAAGACCGUCAACUGUGAGGACGGUGACGACGCGGAUGAGGAGGACGACGACGAGGACGGUAUAGACGUCGUUGACUUUGUGAUUUCGAAACGCGCCUGGCGCAAGCUGCCCUACAGUGCUGCCCUGCUGCAUAGCAGCAUCAGCUCUGCAUCCCGCGCUAGUCCCGCGGCCACACUCACCGACUUUGAGGCUGAUUCCGAGAGCAGCGACUUGGAGCACGUGCAGCAGCUGCGACGACAGCGUCGACUGGGAGGCACGCCCAUCAUUACACAUACGAGUAUAACAGCCGCUGCGAGCUGCCAGCAAGAUGCUGGAGAGCAGCAUAUAAGCAUUAUGUCCACGAUUCAUAACGCCUACGACAGCACAACGCUUGCAACAACAGCGCAUUCAAAGCUGCAGUCCCCGAUGCUGCACGCGCGCCACAACAACAAAAUGUUGCCCAACGGCAAGCCGAAGAAUAUUGCCAUCAUUACGCCCAAUUCGCAUGGCAGCACGAGCCACGAUGGCGUCCAUAUCCACAGUCACAGCCACAGCAACAGUCACAGUCACAGUCACGGCUUGAGCAAAGGUUCGCCGACGGUGCUACGGAAGAGGCAGCAGCAGCAACAGCAGCAGCAGCUGCCGCCGAUGGUGCCACAUCGCCACAACGACACCUCCAAGUUCAAUCGGUCCAAUCGCAAGUCGAAGAACUGUGCCAUCUUCUACUUCAAGCAUCUGGACACGGACAACGAGACGAGCGGUGCGGGCACAGAUGGUGUUGCCGACGGUGGUGCCGUCUCGCACACCAGCGACAUACUCAAAUCGGCUGAUGCUUCAUCGGAUGACGAUGAGGGCUGGCUCUACACAGCAACAACAACAACGACGACGUCAACUGGCAACCUAAACCAGACAGUUGUCUUCGUCGAUGGUCUGCAAUCGGCGGCCGUCUCUUCGACCACCUCGACAGGCGCAGCAGGAGCGGCGAUCACUGCCUCAACCAGCGACGACUCUGAUAAGGAGAACAAGGAGGCACUGGUCACAACCACAUCAUCCACGUCAGCAGCUACACCAACAAUAACAGCAACAACCACAACGUCCAGUGUUGGCGUUGUCUUGGUGGCACAUACAGGAGCGGUUUUGAGCAGCAACUGCGACAGCAGCAGCCGCAGCAGCGCCUCCUCCUCCUCGAACGGCAUUGGGACCGAGACUUCGGCCACGUCGCGAGUCACACAAAUGCAGCGCGUCGACAUGGAAUUGCAAAUCAGUGGCAGUGGCAGUGCCAGCGAUGGCAGCUCCACCACCAACAACAACAACAACAGCAACAACACAAGACACAUCAUUAGCAACAAUUGCUACAAACAACUGCAAAGCGACAACAACAAUCAGCAGCAGCAUCAGCAUGCCAGCAGCAACAACAACAACAACUACAGUAAUAACAAUAAUCACAAACAUCAACAGUCGCGCUUGGACUCUAAACAGCAACGAGAGAACCACCAGAUGGGCGUCGAUUCGGAGGAGGCGGACGAAGCCGAAGUCGCUGAUAAUGCAAAUGGAAAUCGAAGUGUUGCACAGACACUCCAGACGAGCUACUACAGUCGCGCCGACAUCUGCAACAUAAGCGUCUGGCCCAGUGAAAUGUGCUCCGGCAAUCGCCUGCCACCGCGUUCGCCGGCCAAGUCCGCCAAGUCGGCCAAAUCACAGGCUAGCAGCAGCAAUGCGACUAUGUCGCCAACUAUGGCAGAGGGCAAGGUCUCGCAUGAUUCAAUCAAACAGCUUGUGCUCGAGGCGGAGCAUUUGGUGCGCGACGCUCAAGAAGCAGCGUUGAAGACGCCGACGAAGCAGAAACAUUCCAUUGUGAAAAUCUCCUCGACGGUCAAGAAACGCGAGGUCAGCAUGCCUGGACCUAUAAAACAGCGUGUGGAAGAAUGGCUGGAGCAUCAGCCGUCCACGCCUCAGCUCAUUAAUCGAGUCCACGAACCGCUUGGCGGUAUUGCCAAACCACCAGACGAUUGUGAAGCUUCUGGGGAGGCCUCAGAAACCGAUUCCAUACCACAGCCGGGCGGUUCGGACACAUCCGAAGGCUUCACCGACUCCAUUGCCACUUGCAUGCAAACGAGCACCAACUCCUAUGGCAACUCCACGGAGCGCAUUGGCGGCUCAGCGGAACCCAUUGGCCAAGCCGUAACCCCACUCGGCUUUGGCAGCAGCAAUCAAAGCCUGAAUCUUAAGAUUGUAAAACGUCCUCAGACGCGUCGCAAAUCCGAGCGACCUUGGUCAGUGUCUUGCCUCUCGCAGCUGACAACAGAUGCUGCACAACUAACCACCGUAGUGGCCACGGGUGCCAAUUCGCCGCCCGGACUGGCGAGCCACUCAAUUAGCGAGUCGGCCUUGGACUCCUUGUCGCCGGGUCCGCGACCACGUGCCGCAUCCUCUUCGGGCACAGGCAGCAACACCGCUCGCAAAGCUGAUAGCAAGGGUUCGCUGCGACGCCGUCGCGCCCGCAAAAAGCGCGUCUCGGCCGCCUCCGCGGGCAAGAAAUCUGACUCGGGCUCAGAAGUCCAUGGCGAUCUGACGCAGACACUGAUGAAGUCGUGCGAGUCUAUGUCAUCGCAGCAGCUUCAGGAAUUCACGAACGCUCUGCUGAGUAUCCAAAAGGGCACCAGUGUGGGAGUUCUGUCUCCACAGAAGCCUCAUAACGAGAGUGGUGGAGAGGAGCCACAGCAGUUGAUGGUUCCCAAGUUCCGUGUCGGCUCAUUUACCACAGCGCUUAUGGCCAGCGAGUCGCGGCUGGGCGCUUUGGCAGCGAUAUCCAGCUAUAUCCAUGAUGAUGACCAGCAAGCAGAGCUCAGCACCGAGGACCAUCACAGUAGCAUCUCUGAGACUGCCUGGGACAACUAUCAAGAGAAAUACAACUCAGAAAACUAUUCUGAGGGCUUUGAUUCGGACGCCGCACGACGCCUUUUGGAAUUCGGCGACGACUAUCGCAAUUUCAUUGAUUCACAAUCGGAUUGCUGCUCAUCGCUGUCGGCAGCCAACAACGUGGACUCGUUCUCGCCACCGCGCAUGGAUUCACUGCAACAGCACGAGCCGAAGGUGCUGCACAUCAACCAGGAGACCAUCUCGAGUAGCGUGGAUCACGCACGUCGCCAGCGUGCCCUUGAACUUCAAUACGAGCGUCGUCGCAAGACACUCGAAGUACGCCGCAAGUCGUGCCAAGACGUUGCUGAACCAUCACUUUCCCAGCAAACGCAACAAAACACUCUUCCACUAUCCGCCUCGGCUACAGCGCUGACGCCCAAGAAUCAGCCACAACUCUUGGCCAAAACAGGCGGAGACUCUGUGGGCCGCAAGCUUGAGUUUGGUGGCCAGAUGAGCCACUCGGCUCAGUCGUUGCUGCGUCGCACCUCGGAGAGCGACACAUCUACCCGUCGACGACGCACAGUGACGGCAGACGAACGCCGUCGAUCAUCACGCAAUUUGGAGAAGUGUAUUAAACUUAUUCCGGCCACAUCAUCUUCGAGUGGCGAUGAUUCGGACGGCGAGCAAGAGAUGCGCAGUCUGCUGCAACAGAGUCGCGAUCGUCUAGAGGAUACGCGAGCUCUUAAGCUGCGCUGUCACCUUCUCAGACCGGAGGACUAUAACGAGAUUAUCAACACUUGCCGCGACAAUAUUCGCUGCCUGGAGGCCGUCCUACGCGGCCCACCCGGUACCGUGCUCUCCGCCCAGUGCGCCGGCCAGACAAAAGAUCUGCUCGCCGCUUGGGAGGAUUUGCUUGGCUGGAGCGAGAAUGCGGCCGCUGCGCGCCAAUUGCAGCAGGAGAUGAGCGUGCUGAAGCACACGCUGCAGCGUCUGGCUAAUCAGCCCACGCUGGAGUUGUUGGACACAGAGCCAGCCAUACAGGUGGCCAUCGAGGCGUUGAAGCAAGAGCAGACCCAGUUGGGCAGUUAUCGCACGAAUAUGUUGCGUUUGAAUGCGUCCGUGCACAGUUGGCUCACGCGCCAGGAGCGGCGUCUACAGAACGCUCUGGACGAGCAGCAACAGCAACAACAACAACAGUCCGAACAACAACAUGAGGCAGUAGCUGCAGAGAUGGAAGCUGAAGCUGAAGCUGUAGACUCUGCCAACAAACGCAGCACAACAAUCACAGUGACCGACAGCAAUGGCAAUCAGGUGGAAACUCUGGCCAUAGCCAGUGUUGCCGAGGCAGGCACAAGCACCCACAGCAACAGCAACAGCAAUAACAACAACAGCAGUUCCAACACCGACAACAAAAUGUGGGAUGUUCAGACUUUGAUGAGCGCCGAGCAGGAAUUCCACAAACAUUUGAAGGAUGAAGUCAGCGACAUGUACAGCGCCUGGGAUGAGGCAGACGCCAGAAUCAACACGCAGCUGGAGAUGCUAACCAACUCGCUGAUUGCCUGGAGGCAACUGGAAUGUGGACUUUCCGAAUUUCAAUUGGCUUUGGGCCAGGAUCGCGGAACACUGAAGGGACUGGAGGGUGCUCUGGAUAAGGGACAAACAACGGCGGUGGAGUUGGCCCAAAAUGUCAAGCUGGUGGCCAAGCUGCUCUCGGAGAAGGUGCAUGUCAGCCAGGAGCAACUGCUGGCUGUCCACGAGCAUCUGGACCCCAAUCACAUCUUCCACAUAGCCAAGUUCACUGCCUCCAACGGUUCUUUGUCCGACUCGGGCAUUUCGGAUGGCGGUGCCACCUCCGACGGUGGCCUGUCUGAGCGUGAGCGGCGCCUCGGUGUGCUGCGACGUCUGGCCAAGCAGCUGGAGUCUGCGCUGGCACCAGGCAGCGAGGCCAUGCGUUCCAUAGCCGCACGCAUGGAAUGCGCCGAAGCGGAACUGAAGCAACUGCAGACAACCUGUCGCGACUUGAUUGUGCGCACCGCAGCCUCGCAUCAGAACAAAAAGCAGCAGCAGCAGCAGGAGCUAGAGCUGGAGGCUGUAGAGCAGACGACACGCAAGAUGAAUGGACAUGCUGGCGGGGCCAAAAAGCAUCAACAAUCCUCGCCCCACGGCUCGCCCUCGAAGCGCAAGAACAAACGCCGAGCACGCCAAGCGGCCGCGUCUGCAGCUGAGGGCGAGGAACAGGUCGACGGUGCCUUGGAGAGGCGGCGAGCAAAGAAGGCUGGCGGUGCAGCAUCGGACGCUCUUGUGGCUGCCGGCGGCGAUGGCGGUGAUCCCUACGAUGACCCCGCCCUGGAGUAUGGAAGCGAUAGCGCUGAUGGCGACGACAGCGAUGAUGCGAGCAAAUCGCGACGUCGAGGCUGGGCCUGGCGCAUUGCCAAGGCUGCUGUGCCCAUGCAGCUGGCUUUGUUUACCUUCUUCUGCGCCGCCUGCCUCAUGCAGCCGAACUGUUGCGACAAUCUGAACAAUCUGUCGAUGAGUUUUACGCCACAGCUGCGCUAUAUACGCGGUCCGCCACCGAUUUGAGCGGCCGGAGCGCCCCAGAAGCGCCGCUCUUUUAGUAGGCAUCUAAUUUACGUAUUAGGAAUUUAACAGUUACAUUUAACAGUUAGGUUCGCACGCCCAGCAGGAUCCACAGCGGUCCGCUAACAAGCCGCCAGAAAGUAGCGCGCGUUCGCCGCGCGACUACGACGCGUUUUUAUGAAACGGACGCCAGCGGCAAACAAUUUAGAGAUUUCUGUUGUUUUCAAUCGAUGAUAAUGAGACAGAGUGGCGCAUUAAAGCGCACUCAUAAUUUUUACGUCCACUGGCAACUCAAUCUGCAGAGAGAGACAAUGCCGAAACAAAAAUGUUGCUCUUAAAUUUAAAAAAAGAAAAUGAAGUUAUGCUUACUUAAGUUAUUUGUACUUUCACUUACCCGUAUUCUCUACCAGUUUAGUUGUCGUUCCUUAGACUUGCGCACUAAAUUUAUGUAAAUGUAAGUCCAGGCAAAAGUUCAGGCUCAAGCGGAACUCUGCGAAACGAGCUGAGGCCCACAUAGGACGCCCGCCUCAACCCACAGAGUGAACAUGAACAAGAAAAAUGUACUUAUAGAUGACUCAUCAUAUCGAUCAACAAACAUAUGAAUGCAUAUGAUUUAUAUAUCUAGCAACGAUGCGAUCCCCAUGGAGCAUCAACCCAGUUAACUAAAUGCAAUUUACAACCAUACCGUUUAUAUUUCGUAGCAUUUUUGUAAACUUUUUUGUUUGAAAAACACUAAAGUGCCUGCAACGGAAUGUGGAAAUGUGAAGCGCGCACAGAGCGCCAGGAUGAUUGAUGAUCGAUGAUCUGAUCCCAAAAAAGAUCGAGCAAUCAAGGCAACGAAGCAACAAGAAGCUAAGCCAAGCCAAGCCAAGAGCCACCCAAUCAACAAUAAACUGAGGCAUCGCCCAGUUAACAAAAUGGGCAGACUGUAAUAAAAACAAAAGAAUUGGAGUGAACUAGAGUUUCUAUUUUUAUACACAGAUCGAUUUACACAAAACACAAAAACAUACAAACAAUUCGCACACGUGUAGACACACAGAGUCACUGUGGGCGAAUUACUUUCAGUUAUUUUCACUAUCUAUUUAAUCAUUUUUAUGUCUAUUAUAUUAAUAGGAUAAAAGUAAUUCAAGUUCGCAAGAAAAUUACUGCUUAACGAGAUCCGUAAAAACGAAAUUAAGAAUAUGAAUCGCAUGUCUUGACAGGAACCGAGACAACAGAUUAAUAAGAAACACAACUAAAUUACUUAAUGGAUUCGGAUUGUAAUUGUAGUUUUUAUAUAAGUUUCGCAUUCUUGUGAGUUUUUCAAUUUUCAUGGCAACAAUAAAGCGC